CUCACGAGGCCGCCGAGGGAGAGGAGGCCUGAAGCCCAGGGUGGGCACCAGCCAGCCAUGGCCUCAGCUGAGACCGCCUUGCCUUCUAUCAGCACACUGACUGCCCUGGGCCCCUUCCCGGACACACAGGAGGACUUCCUCAAGUGGUGGCGCUCCGAGGAGGUGCAGGACUUGGGCCCGGGUCCCCCCGACCCCACCGGGCUGCCCCUCCACGUGAGGCCGGAGUCGGAGGACAUGCGAGGGGAGGACGAAGACGACGAGAAGGACGCGGCCACCGCCUGGGACCUGGAUCUCCUCCUCACCAACUUCCCGUGCCCAGAGCCGGGCGGCGCGCCCCAGACGUGCGCUCUGGCGCCGGGGGAACCCCUCGGGGCGCAAUUCCCGCCGCCGCCGCCCGAGACUCUGGGCGCGUACGCGGGUGGCCUGGGGCUGAUGGCUGGGCUCUUGGGUCCAGAGGAGCACCCGGGCUGGGCACGCCCGGCCCCACGAGCCCCGGCCCCCGACGCCUUCAUGGGCUCAGCCCUGGUCCCGGGCCCCGAGCCCAAAGCGCUGCCGCUGCAGCCGGUAUACCCGGGGCCGGGUGCGGGCUCCUCCGGCAGCUACUUUCCGCGGACCGAGCUUUCAGUGCCUAGCCCGCCGGGCGCCCCCUACGGGCUGCUGCCCGGGUACCCUGCGCUCUACCCGGCGCCGCAGUACCAAGGGCACUUCCAGGUCUUUCGGGGGCUCCCGGCGCCCGCGCCCGGCCCCGCCGCGGCCCCCUCCUUCCUGAGUUGUCUGGGACCCGGGACGGCGGGUGCGGGAUUCGGGGGCGCCGCAGCAGACCCCGGAGGGACCCCGGAAGCGGCGCCAUCCAAACGCAGCCGGCGCUCGUGGGCGCGCAAGAGGCAGGCGGCGCACACGUGCACGUACCCGGGCUGCGGCAAGAGCUACACGAAGAGCUCGCACCUGAAGGCGCAUCUGCGCACGCACACGGGGGAGAAGCCAUACGCCUGCACGUGGGACGGCUGCGGCUGGAGGUUCGCGCGCUCGGACGAGCUGACCCGCCACUACCGGAAGCACACCGGACAGCGCCCCUUCCGCUGCCAGCUCUGCCCGCGCGCUUUUUCGCGCUCCGAUCAUCUGGCCUUGCACAUGAAGCGUCACCUUUGAGCCUGGCACUCGGACCUUCCCGGGGACGGGAUGGAACAAGAGCAGAUCCAGGCAGGGGGGUUCCCUCGGCUG